AGUAAAUUAAAAAUUAAGAAAAGAAAAAAAAAAAAAAGCAUUUGUGUCUCUCUCUUCAUGAUGUCCUGAACAGAUUUAGAAAGAUUCCUCUUCUCGUACUCAUCUAUCUAUUUUUCUGUUAUACUUUCCUCUUCUCCUCUGCAAACAAAUUACAGAAGAGGGUUUUUUCUGUUCUUUUCUUGGUUGUUAUUGUAGUAGUUAAGAAAUGUGAAAAUUGCUGUAAAAAUAGAUAGGGAAAAAGAUGAAGGUGAGGCAUAUAGUGUUGGGUUUGCUGUCGGUUUCCGUCAUUGCUCCCAUCUUUAUUUACACUGAUAGGGUCGGCGCCUUCUUCAACCCCUCUUCUUCAAGACGCCAUUUUCUUGAUGAUGUUGCAGCUUUUACGCUGUCCGGCGAUAUCAGACAUCUCACUGUUCUUCGGCAGGAAACUUCCAUCGCCCUUAAAGAACCCAUUGGAAUCGUAUAUUCUGACCCCUCUAACGAUUCCUUUCCCAUUGAUUUCCAAAUGACAGAGACGAGGGAGCAUAAAUCAACUCGAGUGCUUUCUGCUACAAAUGAAGAACGUCUACCCCAAUUACCCAACCCCAUUGGACUGGUCAUCGAUCCUGCUCCCCUUAAUCUCACCACUACCCUCGAUUCCUAUCCCAAUGUGUCUCACUUCUUGGCUACAAAGCUUGAGCAACAACCAACUCGGCCCUCAGGCAAUAUUGACCAGAAAGAGCAUUCAGAUAACAAAUCUGACAGACUGACUGAACCAGCAGAUGCUCAUGUACGUCACCUCAAAGACCAGCUCAUCCGUGCAAAAUUGUACCUCUCCCUUCCAGCCAUAAAAAACAACCCACAUGUUACAAGGGAGCUUCGACUGCGGAUUAAGGAAGUUUCACGUGCUCUUGGUGAUGCAGCCAAGGACACUGAUCUGCCAAAAAGUGCCUUUGAUAAAUUGAAAGCAAUGGAGCAAUCAUUAGAAAAAGGUAAGCAGAUUCAAAAUGACUGUGCUGCUGUGGUAAAGAAGCUUAGGGCUAUGCUCCACUCAACUGAAGAGCAACUCCGAGUGCACAGAAAGCAGACCAUGUUCUUGACACAAUUAACUGCAAAAGCACUUCCCAAGGGUCUUCAUUGCCUGCCUUUGCGUCUUACUACUGAGUAUUAUACCUUGAAUUCUUCGCAACAAAACUUUCUAAAUCAAGAGAAAAUAGAAGACCCCCGGCUGUACCAUUACGCACUUUUCUCAGAUAAUAUAUUAGCAGCAGCAGUUGUUGUAAACUCAACUGUCUCCCAUGCUAAGCACCCUUCAGAUCAUGUUUUCCACAUUGUUACGGAUAGGCUUAAUUAUGCAGCAAUGAGGAUGUGGUUUCUAGGUAAUCCUCCUGGGAAAGCCACUAUAGAGGUCCAGAACAUUGAAGAAUUUACAUGGUUAAACUCAAGCUACAGUCCAGUCCUUAAGCAGUUAGGUUCUCCUUCCAUGAUUGAUUAUUACUUCAGGGCACAUCGGGCUAAUUCUGAUUCAAAUCUAAAGUUUCGGAACCCAAAAUAUUUGUCCAUCCUAAACCAUCUUCGGUUUUACCUACCAGAGAUAUUUCCAAAACUCAAUAAAGUGCUGUUCCUAGAUGAUGAUAUAGUAGUCCAGAAGGACCUUAGUGGUCUUUGGUCCCUUGAUUUGAAGGGCAAUGUCAACGGUGCUGUUGAGACUUGUGGAGAAAGCUUCCAUCGGUUUGAUCACUAUCUCAACUUCUCAAAUCCACUAAUCUCAAAGAACUUUGAUCCACAUGCUUGUGGAUGGGCAUAUGGAAUGAAUAUUUUUGAUUUGGAGGAGUGGAGGCGGCAAAACAUCACGGAGGUAUAUCAUAGAUGGCAGAAGCUGAAUCGUGACAGGCAAUUGUGGAAGUUGGGGACCCUGCCUCCUGGUCUUAUAACAUUUUGGAAAAGCAUUUAUCCCCUUGACAGAUCUUGGCAUGUGCUUGGGCUUGGCUACAAUCCUAAUGUCAACCAGAGGGAGAUUGAACGAGCUGCUGUUAUGCACUAUAAUGGCAACUUGAAACCAUGGCUGGAGAUAGGCAUACCUAAGUAUAAGAACUAUUGGGCAAAGUAUGUAAAUUAUGAUCUUAUGUAUUUGCGAGAUUGCAACAUCAAUCCGUAGAAAGCCAUAAUGGGAUAUCUCUAUUAGAAGUGUAAUCGAAUUAAAUCCAGACAAUACAAUAAGAAAGCUCAAGCUCUAGUUCGACUUUUAA